AUGCUUGGUGUGGCUUUCACCAUCGGGGUGCUGCUGGCCCUGACGGGUGGCACAGAUGCCCGCCGCUGCGUUGCCCCGGAGGCCCUGGUCUCCAGGAUGCUGGGACAGCUGGAGGGCUCGGUCUCAGUGACUGAGCCACCAAACCCCAGUGUCCUGCUGGCCAUGAACCUGGCUGGGGGCAGGGACAGUGAUGCCAACAAGCUGCUGCUCCGUCAGAUAGAGGAGGAGGCUGUGAAGAAAGCCCAAGGUAAGAUGACCUCAGGACAGGUGGCUUUGUAUGUGCUUGCCCUCCUCUCCUCCUGCCAGAAGCCCCAGCAAGUCCAAGCUCUGGGACAAAGCAUCGACCUGGUCCGUGUCCUUCAGCAGAAGACAGACGAGGAGGUGGCCAGCCUGGAGACUGAUGGUGUCCCCAUCACCAGCCUCUUCAGUGUCAGCCUGGAUGCCCUGGCCCUGUGCCUGGUGCAGGCUGGUGGCUACGAAUCAGCAGCUGUGGCCCUGGCCAGGCAGGUGCUGAAGCCUGGAAACCAAAUCUCUGUAGAUACCCGUGCCAUGGUGGUGCAGGCACUGGUGUGCACCUAUGGCCAUGUGGACCUCCAAAGUGUUCGGGACCUGCUCUGGAAGGCAGUGUCCACGGUGACCAACGACUUCCUCAACGAGCAGGAGAGGAGGAAAGGCCAGAUUGGGAACAUCUACAGCAUGGGGGUGGCCCUGCAGGCACUGGAGACCUCCAGCAAGUUUUAUGCCCCCCGGGAGUGGGACUGUGCCCAAGCCUUCAACGUGGUGUACAACCAUGACUACCACCUGCCCAUGGCCAUUGCCCAGGUCCUGCCUGCCCUCGUGGACAAGCCCUACCUGCAGGCAGCCAGCUUGGACUGCACUGCCCACACCAGAACAUCCCCAGACCAAGACUUCUCCCUGUCCCCAAGCCUGGAGACAAGCCAAGAUCACAAAGGUACAGCUGCUCCCACCCUGACAGCCACCAUCGAGGUGCACUACUCCAUCAUCAACAAGCUGCAGGGGGCACACUUUAACCAUUCCAUCCAGGUGGAGGUCCCAGCUGGCUCCACGCUGCUCAGGGUGCUGAAGGUGGCAGAGGAGAAGGAACCUGACACCUUCAGCUUCAAGACAGAGCAGUCAUCCUGGGGCCCCAUGGUGGUCUCCAUCCAUGGGCUGGCUGCCAACCCACGGGACAGGACCUUCUGGGAGUUCCUCAGUGGCAAGGAUGCCCUGGAGGAAGGGGUUGGCACCUACAAGCCCCACGACAUGGAGCACAUCACAGCCAACUUCACCAAGGGAAUUUGGUGAAGACACCAAAGGACCCCUGGCCCCAGCAGCCCCCACAUGGGAGCAA